CAUAUUUCUUUUAACGCGUCCGAGAUCUAAACAUGUUUCUACCGAGUAUCCAAGAACGAAAAUUCCGUUUGGAAGGAAGAUUGCGCGUAAAAUAAUUUGUUUAUUUGUCAUCGCUUUAUCAACGAAUUGAAGCCUAUCCUCAUAGCUACAAGGUAUUCGUCUGGUAGUCUCUGCCAAGAAUGUCGUCCUCUGCUGUGAUUGGAAUUGUCAUCAUUGCCUCCGCAUUUUCAUACACAUGUGGAGUUCUACACGCUGUAGGCCGGUUUGGAAAUGAUUUGGACAUGGAAAAACUGAACUUAGACCUUGCUGGAAUCCAGAAUUCACUGAUUGGCCAGAACCGUGCAGAUCUAGAUGUGAACGACUUUGGCGAGAUCCUUCGUACAAAACGUGACGCCACUAAGUAUAUUGUAGGUGGGAGAAAUGCGUCGUCCGGGAAACACCCUUAUUAUGGAAAAUUAUAUAUGAACGAUACAUUCGUUUGCGGUGGAACAAUUCUUCAUCAAAGAGUUUUCCUGUCAUCUACCGACUGUAUCUUUUCUGCUGAACCCUCAUUCAACACUAUAUAUACAAUUGUUGUUGGUGACUUCGAUCCAGAUGUAGUUGAACCGGAGGAGCAGACACUGCCAGUAUAUGGUGGUUAUUAUACAAACUAUAAUCGGACGGACAAAAUGAUGUCGGAGGAUGCCAUCUUUUGGAUACUGUACUCUAACAUAACGUUUGGUAGCUAUGUUCAACCAGUAGAACUCCCCUCACUAGGAUUUGCGGAGGAGAAGGCCUUGAAGAAUGGCGACACUUGCUACGCUGUUGGAUUUGGCCUGGUAUCUCAAGACCCGGAUGUAAAUGCAAUACGCCUGCAAGAACUUCCGGUUCAAGUGAAGUGGGAAAGAGUGUGUUCCGGAUACCUGUGGAACUCAAUCACAGAAAGGGUCUGGUCUCGAAACUAUUAUUGCUCAAUAACCCCUGGCUCUGGUAUCUGUGACAUGGAUCGUGGUGGACCGCUGAUGUGUGAUCGGUCUGAUGGAAGCUCUGUGCAGAUCGGCAUUAUCUCCUACGGGACACGGAAUUGUGAGACGGGACUUUCAGUCUACUUUCGAACGCGGAAAAUUAAUCGAAAGUACAAACUGGUGCUAGAGUUGCUCCGCAAGUUAUAGCCCAGUAGCGCUCUUAAGCAGUAGCAAUUAUUUGCUUUGUCAGUUACAAUUAUUUGUGGGAAAUAAA